CUCCUCGCAGAGUGAAAGAUGCUGACUGCCAGUAGUGGAACAGCUCCUCUGAGGAACAUAUCCCUGUAAAAUCUUCCCUGAAAAUCACCCGGAGGCAAAUAUUCCGCCUGUGAUGGACCCUCGGAAUACUGCUAUGUUAGGCUUGGGUUCUGAUUCUGAAGGGUUUUCUGGGAAAAGCCCCUCUGUGGCAAACCUUGGCACGUUGGUGGGCAAGGGGGAAGCGGAGCCCGAAGGCUGCAGCAAGGACGAGGAGGACGGGAAGAAGAAGGGCCGGGAGGGGGAGAAUGGGAAGAGCGAGGCCCUGAGCGAGGCCCAGCAGUUCUCCGUGAAGGAAACCAACUUCUCCGAGGGGAACCUGAAGCUGAAGAUCGGCCUCCAAGCCAAGAGGACCAAAAAGCCUCCCAAGAACCUGGAGAAUUAUGUCUGCAGGCCUGCCAUAAAAACCAGCAUCAAGCAGCCGAGGAGGGCUCCCAAGGGCGGGAAGAUGACGGAUGAGAAGAGCGAGCACUGUCCUCCCAAACAAGACCCUUCAAAGUCCUACAAGAAAGCUGGAGAAGUGGCACCGGUUGAGUUACACGCAGAAGAAGGUGUCCAAGUAGAAACAACCCCUUUAUCCAAGAAAGUUUCCCCGUUGCACUCAGAAAUGACGGAUUACAUGAAGUCAUCUCCUCCCACCCUGAUCAGCAGCCAUAAUUCCGAUUUGAAGGACAGAACAGAAAUCAACGGAGCAACAACUGUCACAGAGAAGCUGGCUCAGCUCAUUGCAACCUGUCCUCCCUCCAAGUCUUCCAAAACAAAGCAGAAGAAGCCCGGGAACGGAAACGCGUCCGGUUUGGUGAAAGACUCUGGGAAGAAGCCGCCAGGAACCAUCAGUCCCAGUGGGAUGGUUGGUAAGGAUUUGGUGAAGAAGCUGCCGGGCUCUGGGAUCGCCGUGGGGCUGGUGAACAAGGACUCAGGGAAGAAGCCAUUGGGGAUUGGCAGCACAGCCAUACUGGUGAACAAAGACUCUGGGAAGAAGCCCCAAGGGAUCGGCCCCUUGAUUGGAUUGGUGAGCAAGGACUCUGGCAAGAGGCCCCCAGGGAUCAGCUCUCCCCCCGGGAUGGUGCACAAGGACUCUGGGAAGAAGCAGCCGGUGACCAGCUCUGCAGUUGGAUUGAUCAGCAAAGAUGUGGGGAGGAAACUUCCGGGGAUCAGCACUCCAGCUGGAUUGACUACCAAGGAACCUCUCAAGAAGCCAGUAGGGAUCAGCACUCCAGCAGGGCUGGUUAACAAGGACGCUGGGAAGAAGCUGUUGGGGGUAAAUAGUCCUGCAGGUCUGCUCAGCAAGGAUUCUGGGAGGAAGAUGCCGGGGACCGGGAACGCGACGGUUCUGAGUAACAAAGACUCUGGAAGGAAGACGCCGGGGAUUGGCAGCCCGGUGGGACCAGUUAGCAAGGACUCUGGGAGGAAGAUGCCAGGAAUUAGCAGUCCAGUGGGAUUGGUUAGCAAGGAGUGUGGGAAGAAGCCGGCAGGGAUUGGCAGCCCGGCUGGUUUGGCCAACAAGGACUCUGGGACGCUGAAGGCAGAUUCCCUCACACCCACCUCGGAGCCCUUUAAGCUUCCUUGCAAUUCCAACCUCAGCAACCUGGAAGGCCACGAGCCCGCGGAUUUACUGAAGGAAAACCCUACCAGCAAACCCUUCGAGAAGCACGUCGUGAGGCAGAACAAGGAGAGCAUCCUGGAGAAGUUUUCCAUUCGGAAGGAGAUCGCCGAGGUGGGCAAGGAGAUGUUCAACGAGGGGAUGUGUGUUCCCCAGGAUGCCUUCUCCUCCAGCGAGAAGGGGGGUUACGAAGCAUCCAAGCACGAGAAGCAGCCCCCAGUGUAUUGCACUUCACCAGACUUCAGGACAGGAGGUGCCUCGGAGGUGUCGACAGCCAAGUCCCCGUUCAGUGCAGUGGGAGAGGGGAAUCUCCCCUCCCCUUCCCCCACCGUGUCUGUCCCCACCCUGAGCAGGAGCCUCUCAGCAUCCUCCUCCCAGCUGCCAUCCAACUCAUUGCACUUAAGCUCCACGGCAGAGCUCCUGGAAGGCAUCUCUGAUCCCGUGGGCAAGACUCCCUUUUCCUCUGACAGCAUCCUGGGGCUGAGCAGGACCCUGAACCACCCCCUCGGCGCCGAUUUCAAAGGUGCUGACAAAGAUUUGAGCGAUUCAAAGGCUUCUUACGUGGAGACUUCCAGAACCAGUCCUUCCACGGGGAAAAAGCCCAUUCUGGCAGCUGAAACGAGCAUCCACGCCACUGUCACUCCUUCCGUGGUCAGUUUUACCAGCUUGUUCAGCAGCAAGCAGUUCCUGAAGAUCGGGGCGAUCGCUGCAUCCGAUAAAUCCUGCCAAGGAGCGAAGAACCUGAGCAGCACUCAGCAGUCGAAGCCUCUGAAGAAGAGAAAAGGAAGGAAGCCCCGAUGGACUAAAGUGGUGUCGAGGAACACGUGUCGACCUCCGAAGGGUCUGGAGCUGGAAAGGUCGGAGCUUUUCAAGAACAUCUCCUACAGUGCACUGUCGAGCAGCAAUUUGGAGCAGGCCAAGUUCCUGAAGAACAUCGGGUCGUCCUCGUUCGUGGAGCACGAGUUCGUCAAGCACCAGCUGCCGAAGCUGAACGAAGCCAGUGGCCAGUCCCUGGCACUGCUGGCUGAGACUGACAAACCAACCCAGAAGUUCUACAGCGCCCACAAACAACCCUCGAGCUUGUGUAUGGCGGAUGAUUUCUUGCCUGACAUGUACAAACCCAAAAGAGGAAGAUCUAAACCCAAGGAGAUGCCAGAGCUCGAAGGUCCCCCCAAAAGGACUCUAAAGAUUCCGGCCUCAAAAGUCUUCUCAGUGCAGUCGAAAGAAGAGCAAGAGCCUCCCAUUUUGCAGCCUGAGGUUGAAAUUCCCUCCCUGAAGCAGAGCUUAUCGGGACAACCUUUUCCUAAAAAGAGAGGGAGACCUAAAAGACAGAUCAGGUCAUCAAUUAAAACGAAACCACCUAUUCUGUCCGUGGCACCUUUUGUUGGAACAGAGAACUCGAGCAAGAUGGGGCCUGAAAGUGAGCAGCAUCGACCUGGGGAGUUCUUUGAGAGAAAGGACCAGCUCCGAGGGCCUGAAGAGGUCCAAAGCCCCAGUAUUUGCAGCAUGAGUGAUUUGGAAGUAGACUCAGACAGAAAAGUUGCCAAGAGAAAUAACGGACAGUUAAUGAAAACAAUUAUUCGAAAAAUAAAUAAAAUGAAAACUCUGAAGCGAAAGAAACUCCUGAAUCAGAUCCUGUCCAGUACAGUGGAACCAAAUACCAAAGGGAAGAUGCAAUCCAAGCUCCACAACACGGUGUCGACUCUCGCCGCCACGUUCGGCUCGAAGCUGGGCCAGCAAAUCAACGUCAGCAAGAAAGGAACGAUUUACAUAGGAAAGAGGAGAGGGAGGAAGCCCAAAGCCGUCCUGAACGGCCUCUUGGCCAGCAGCGCCGCCAGCCUGACCGUGCUGGAGAAGUCUGCCCAGCAAGCUCCCGGUACGUCCCUGGGCCAGGUCCUGCCCCACCUGCUGCCUCCCGCGGGGAACCCCUCGGAGGUGCUCCCGUCUCCGGUUUGCUCCCAAUCGUCGGCCGUGAGCGGGGGGCAGAGCCCGGUGAGCAGCGACGCGGGGUUCAUCGAGCCCAGCCCCGUGCCCUACCUGCACCUCCACUCGCGGCAGGGCGGCGUGGUGCAGACCCUGGCCAUGAAGAAGGCGGCCAAGGGCAGGAGGAGGCUGUCGCCGCCCACGCUGCUGCCCAACUCGCCCUCCCACCUGAGCGAGCUGACCUCGCUCAAAGAGGCCACGCCGUCCCCCGUGAGCGAGUCCCACAGCGACGAGACCAUCCCCAGCGACAGCGGCAUCGGGACGGACAACAACAGCACCUCGGACCGGGCGGAGAAGUUCUGCGGGCAGAAGAAGAAGAGGCACUCCUUCGACCACGUGUCCCUGCUCCCGCCCGAGACCUCCACCGUGCUCGGCAACCUGAAGGAGAAGCACAAGCACAAGUGCAAGCGCCGCAGCCACGAUUACCUCAGCUACGACAAGAUGAAGAGGCAGAAGAGGAAAAGGAAAAAGAAGUACCCCCAGCUCCGGGGGAGGCAGGACCCCGAUUUCCUCGCCGAGUUGGAGGAGUUAAUCAGCCGGUUAAGUGAAAUUCGGAUAACCCACCGGAGUCACCAUUUUAUACCCCGGGAUUUGCUGCCCACCAUUUUUAGAAUAAACUUCAACAGUUUCUACACCCACCCUACUUUUCCUUUAGAUCCUUUGCACUACAUUAGGAAACCUGAUUUAAAGAAAAAGAGAGGCAGGCCUCCAAAAAUGCGGGAAGCUAUGGCAGAAAUGCCCUUCAUGCAUAGCCUCAGCUUUCCCCUCUCCAGCACCGGGUUCUACCCCUCCUAUGGCAUGCCUUACUCCCCGUCCCCCCUGGCAGCUGCUCCCAUAGGAUUAGGUUAUUAUGGAAGGUACCCUCCGACUCUUUACCCUCCUCCACCCUCCCCUUCUUUCACCACCCCCCUGCCGCCACCUUCCUACAUGCAUACAGGCCACUUGCUUCUCAACCCCACCAAAUACCACAAGAAGAAGCAUAAACUCUUGCGCCAGGAAGCUUUCCUCACCACGAGCAGGACCCCCCUGCUGUCCAUGAGCACCUACCCCAGCGUUCCACCCGAGAUGGCCUACGGCUGGAUGCUGGAGCACAAGCACAGGCACCGCCACAAGCACCGGGAGCACCGUUCCUCGGAGCAGCCGCAGGUUUCCAUGGACACUAUCACGGCCAACAGCUCCUCCAGAACGGUUCUGGAGUCCUUGAAGCGCUACAGGUUUGGGAAGGAGGCCGUGGGAGAGAGGUACAAACACAAGGAGAAGCACAGGUGCCACAUGUCGUGCCCGCACCUGUCGCCUUCCAAGGGUUUGCUGAGCAGAGACGAGCAGUGGGUCAGGAGGGAGCCUUCGGAGUCGAGUUCCUUGGCGCUGGGCCUGCAGACCCCGCUGCAGAUCGACUGCUCCGAGAGCUCCCCGGCCCUGUCCCUGGGGGGGUUCCCCCCCGGCUCGGAGCCCGCCGGCACCGAGGAGCACAGGAUGUCGGUGCCAGCCCGCAGCGCCCGCCUGGCCCCGGCUGCCGAGGACUCGGUGGACACUCUGCUCCAGCGCAUGGCACAGGAGGGCCCGCCCGUGCUGGACAAGACCCUGGAAGCCGUGAUGGCCAACGUGCCACCCUCAGCCAGUCCCGCUCGGAACCACUCCAGGGAGAGAGCCCUGGGCAAGCAGGACAACCUGGUGGCUCCGGCCAUUCCCAGCAGCUCCUGCAGCGACAGCAUCUCCCUCCUGUCGGAGCGGCUGCCCGGCAGCUACUCCCCGAGGCACCUCAAGAGGAGCGUGGUGGAGGCCAUGCAGCGCCAAGCGAGGAAAAUGUGCAAUUACAACAAGAUCCUGGCCACAAAAAAAAAUCUGGACCACGUCAAUAAGAUCCUGAAGGCCAAAAAGCUGCAGAGGCAGUCGCGGACCGGGAACAACUUCGUGAAGCGGCGGCCGGGGCGGCCGAGGAAGUACCCGCUGCAGGCCGUGGUGUCCAUGCAGGCCUUCCAGGCCCACAGGCUGGUCAGCCAGGAGCUGGAGAACAGGGAGCCGAGCAGCAGCCCCCUGCACCUGGGCCCUGACACCAUCACGGACGUCAUCGAGGCCGUGGUGCAGAGCGUGAACCUGAACCCCGAGCACCGCAAGGGCUGGAAGAGGAAGAGGUGGCUGCCGGAGGAACAGGCCAGGAAGAGGCACAAGUCUUUGCCUGAGGAUGAACAGGAGAGCAAUAAGAGUUUUUCUGAGCCAGUAGCUGAACCUCCCAGUCCACAGGAUGCCCUUGGGAAACCACCUGAGCCUGAGAACCCUGAGCAGCCUUUGCCUGCUCUGCCCCAGCGUGAGAAGAAGGCCCCUCGACCCCCAAAGAAGAAGUACCAGAAGGCAGGGCUCUACUCUGACGUGUACAAAACAACAGAAUGUUAUGGUCAGUUCUCUCAGAUGUUAUGGUCAGUUCUCUCAGAUGUUAUGGUCAGUUCUCUCAGAUGUUAUGGUCAGUUCUCUCAGGUGCUGUGGUCAGUUCUCUCAAGUGUUGUGGUCAGUUCUCUCAGGUGUUGUGGUCAGUUCUGUCAGGGGCUGUGGUCAGUUCUGUCAGGUGUUGUGGUCAUUUCUCUCAGAUGUUAUGGUCAUUUCUCUCAGAUGUUUUGGUCACCUCUCUCAGGUGCUGUGGUCACCUCUCUCAGAUGUUUUGGUCACCUCUCUCAGGUGUUGUGGUCACCUCUCUCAGUGCUGUGGUCACUCGUGCCAGGCGCUGUGGUCAGAUCUGAGCCAACACCUUCCCUGCCUGUCCCUGGCAGGUCCCACCUGAGCAGGGCAGGAGAGCAGAACACAGACACAGAGGCUCUUCCCCGGGCCUGCCCUGACAGACAGAAUGUUCUGGGAGGCUUCUGCUCCCCUGUGUCCCUUCCAGAGCCCUGCCAGACCCUGGCGAGGUGCCUGGAGCAGCUCCGUCCUCCGGGGACACGUGGAGAUGAGUGUGUGCCACUUACCAACCUUUCUGUUCCAGGAAAGUACCUCAGACAAAAGAGAAUCGACUUCCAGCUGCCUUACGACAUCCUCUGGCAGUGGAAACACAACCAGUUGUAUAAAAAGCCAGAUGUCCCACUUUACAAAAAAAUCCGUUCUAAUGUCUACGUGGAUGUCAAACCCCUCUCUGGCUACGAGGCCACCACCUGCAACUGUAAGAAACCAGAGGAUGACAGUGGGAAGGGCUGUGUGGAGGACUGUCUGAACAGGAUGAUCUUUGCAGAGUGUUCCCCCAACACGUGCCCCUGUGGGGAGCAGUGCUGCAACCAGCGCAUCCAGAGGCACGAGUGGGUGCAGUGCCUGGAGAGGUUCCGGGCCGAGGAGAAAGGAUGGGGUAUUCGUACCAAAGAGCCCCUGAAAGCAGGACAGUUUAUCAUUGAAUAUCUGGGAGAAGUUGUUAGUGAGCAGGAAUUCAGGAACCGCAUGAUCGAGCAGUACCACAACCACAGCGACCACUACUGCCUGAACCUGGACAGCGGGAUGGUCAUCGACAGCUACCGCAUGGGCAACGAGGCUCGCUUCAUCAACCACAGCUGCAACCCCAACUGCGAGAUGCAGAAAUGGUCCGUGAACGGUGUCUAUCGGAUCGGGCUCUAUGCACUCAAGGACAUGCCUGCUGGGACUGAGCUGACCUACGACUACAACUUCCAUUCCUUUAACGUUGAAAAGCAGCAACUCUGCAAAUGUGGCUUUGACAAAUGCAGAGGGAUAAUUGGGGGGAAAAGUCAGCGCAUGAAUGGACUUUCAAGCAAAAGCAACCAGCCUGUGAGCACCCACAGAAGGCCUGGACGGUCGAAAGAGAAGAGGAAGUCAAAGCACAAAUUAAAGAAGAGGAGGGGCCACAUCCCUGAGGAACCCAGUGAAAGUGUGAACGCCCCGACCAGGCUGACCCCUCAGCUGCAGAUGAAGCCCAUGUCCAACAGGGAGAGGAAUUUUGUGCUGAAACACCACGUCUUUCUGGUACGAAACUGGGAGAAGAUCCGGCAGAAGCAGGAGGAGGUGAAGCACGUCAGUGACAACAUCCACAGCACGUCCCUGUACACCCGCUGGAACGGGAUCUGCCGGGAUGACGGCAACAUCAAAUCAGACGUGUUCAUGACCCAGUUCUCAGCCCUGCAGACGGCCCGCUCGGUGCGGACGCGGCGCUUGGCGGCGGCCGAGGAGAACAUCGAGGUGGCUCGUGCUGCCCGCCUGGCACAGAUCUUCAAGGAAAUAUGUGACAGCAUCAUAGCCUACAAAGAUUCCUCCAGGCAGGCGCUCGCAGCUCCUCUCCUGAACCUGCCCCCAAAGAAAAAAAAUGCAGACUAUUAUGAGAAGAUCUCUGACCCCUUGGACCUCGCCACCAUUGAGAAGCAGAUCCUGACUGGCUACUACAAAACUGUGGAAGCUUUUGAUGGGGACAUGCUGAAGGUGUUCAGGAAUGCAGAGAAAUACUACGGCAGGAAGUCCCCCACGGGCCGCGACGUGUGCCGGCUGCGCAAGGCCUACUACAGCGCCCGGCACGAGGCGGCCGCGCAGAUCGACGAGAUCGUGGGCGAGACGGCCAGCGAGGCCGACAGCAGCGAGACCUCGGUGUGCGACAAGGACAACGGGCACGAGAAGGACGAGGACGUCAUCCGCUGCAUCUGCGGCCUCUACAAGGACGAGGGGCUCAUGAUCCAGUGCGAAAAGUGCAUGGUCUGGCAGCACUGUGACUGCAUGGGUGUGAACUCGGACGUGGAGCACUACCUGUGUGAGCAGUGUGAACCUCGGGCUGUGAGCAGGGAGGUCCCCAUGAUCCCUCGGCCCCACUAUGCCCAGCCUGGCUGUGUUUAUUACAUCUGCCUGCUGAGGGACGACCUGCUGCUCCGCCAAGGUGACUGUGUGUACCUGAUGAGGGACAGCCGCAGGACCCCCGACGGGCACCCCGUGCGUCAGUCGUACCGGCUGCUGUCCCACAUCAACAGGGACAAACUCGACAUCUUCCGCAUCGAGAAGCUCUGGAAGAACGAGAAGGAGGAGCGUUUUGCCUUUGGCCACCACUAUUUCCGUCCUCACGAAACCCACCACUCCCCGUCCCGCAAGUUCUACCACAACGAGCUCUUCCGGGUCCCGCUCUACGAAAUCAUCCCCCUGGAGGCCGUGGUGGGCACGUGCUGUGUGCUGGACCUGUACACCUACUGCAAAGGGAGGCCCAAGGGGGUGAAGGAGCAGGAUGUGUACAUCUGUGACUACCGCCUGGACAAGUCAGCUCACCUCUUCUACAAGAUCCACCGCAACCGCUACCCCGUGUGCACCAAGCCCUACGCCUUCGACCACUUCCCCAAGAAACUCACCCCCAAGAGAGACUUCUCACCUCAUUAUGUGCCAGACAACUACAAGAGAAAUGGAGGCAGGUCAUCCUGGAAAUCAGAUCGCUCAAAACCACAGAUCAAAGACUUAAACCAAGAGGAGGAUGCUCUGCCCCUGAUGGAGGAGGUGCUAGGAGCCCCAGAGCAGGUGCCAGGGGAGCUGCCCGGCCCCGAGGAGCCCGACAAGGAGCCGGUGCCCAGCGAGGGCUGCGAGGCAGAGAAGAAGGGGGAGGAGGCCCCCUCGGACACGAGGCAGCUCUGCAGCCCCGAGGAGAGGAGGCACCUCCAGAGGGAGAGGCUGAACCAGAUCUGCUCAACCUCACUAGAGAAAAUCCCAGGGAAAAACGCCAUCGACGUCACGUACUUGCUGGAGGAGGGAUCGGGCAGGAAACUGCGGCGCCGCACCCUGAGCAUCCCCGAGAGCAGCUUCAGGAAGUGACGGCGGGGCCACCCCAGCUCGGGGGCUGUGACCUGGGGGGCUGCCGAGCCCCGGGAGCCGC